UCAGUCGGUCUCACCACCUUGGGUAGGAGUGCUAGUGGAAGCUGAGGAGGUCGCAGUGGUGGUGGCAGGGACGGCUGCAGUGGCCGGGGCCUCCGCGGAAACGCCAUGUCCGAGUCGCCCCCGCGGGGUGCCGAGCGCGACCUUUUCCGGGACACGUGGGUGCGCUAUCUGGGCUACGCCAAUGAGGUAGGGGAGGCCUUCCGCUCCAUGGUGCCAGCAGCUGUGGUGUGGCUGAGCUAUGGUGUGUCCAGCUCCUACGUGCUGGCUGAUGCCAUUGACAAAGGCAAGAAAGCAGGAGAGGUGCCAAGCCCUGAAGCAAGCCGCAGCACCAGGGUGACUGUGGCUGUGGUGGAUACCUUCGUGUGGCAGGCUCUGGCCUCUGUAGCCAUCCCUGGUUUCACUAUCAACCGUGUGUGUGCGGCCUCUCUCUAUGUCCUGGGCACUGCCACCCGCUGGCCUCUGGCUGUCCGAAAGUGGACCACCACGGCACUGGGACUGCUUGUCAUCCCCAUCAUCAUUCACCCCAUCGACAGGUCAGUGGACUUCCUCCUGGACUCCAGCCUUCGCAAGCUGUACCCCUCAGUGGAGAAGCCCAGCUCCUCCUGACCUCACCCUGGUACAUUGCCUAGGGGUUGGCCCACUGCCUGCUUUGUUCCAACCUCCUCCUCCUGCCAGGGGAUGUGAUGCUUGGCUCCCUGGAUUCCAAGGCCCUGGCACCUGAGUGGAUUUGAGCUGAUGAAAACAGAGACAAAGGCCUCAAGGAGCAGCAGCCACAGUGACUCAGACAGAGGCAGGACCUAAACCCUGUCUGCUUCCAUGGAAUUCGUGAUACCAAGUGGGAGUGGACCCAGCCCUGUCUUUUGACAGGAAAGUAACAUCCUCCCAUGGAGGAUAAGGGAACUGAGGCCCAGAGAGGGCAAGGAAUAUAGCCAAGGUCACUUGGCAAGCUGGGGACUUAGAACUCCCAGUGGCUCAGCCAAGUCACCCCUUAGCAGCAUGGCUGGACAGAGGAGCAGCAGGCACUGGGAGAAAUGCAGACGUGUGGUAAUGGGACCCUGAGGACUGAUCCUCUGGCCAGCCCAUCCCUGGGAUAGAGACUGCUGGGGCCUGGCUGGAAGGCAGGACAGCCCUGGUCUAAU